CAGCGGAAAGCCUGCAAUCGUUCCGCGUUCCAACAUCCUGAAACGAAAUUCUGCGGAUUCUCGUUUCUCCCCUGCGGGAUUCCAGCGUGUAUUCUUUCUCCGUGUCUCCGAUGUUCAGCCAGGCGAUAGUGUGUUAUUUUACGUGGCUAUCGAGCGUGUCAGGGGUAAAAAACAUCACGCGCGGUGUGGCGAGACACCUGAGAUCGAUUGGAUUCCCCGAGGGCAGCGGCAUGGGGAUAUUCUUCGCUCUCGGACUGCCCGUCGAUAUUCCAAACAAAUCGGUGCUAUUUUCUAUGUACUUCGAGGCGAAUUACGCUCUACCCGGAGAAUGGAACUCCAGUUAUUAUUUGGACGAGCCGUAUCUCAAGAAACGCAGCGUAGAUCGGCGACUGGCGUACCACGUUCUCGUGAACAAAUUAGAAAGUGUUGGAUAUUCUGGGGAAGGUUGCCUGCUAAAAAUGAUCUGCGAAACAGCGCACGAACCUCUGACCAGCAACGGCGUGAUUGGCGAUAUUCUGCAAAUUUUAUUUACGAUGAAGAUCUUCCAAGUGAGGUCAUCGAAGCAGAAUUCACGAAAAACUGCGAUAAUUAUCAUACAAAAUGUCCCCGAAGUCCUCUGGCAUUGAUCACUCGCUACGAUCUCAACGAGAAUAGAUGAACAAGUUACGAUGCUAAUACUAGAACCACAUAACAAUGACAGCAAGUGGUUUACCAUUUUUUUAUACAACUUACAAGCCUAUACGUUACCGGAGAUCACCGGUCUCAUAGGAACAUACGCGUGUUGGCCACCGGUAAUUUUAGUGUUACAAACUACAGAAUACUGAAUAUAAUUCAUGCGUUCCCCAACCAUGAAGACA